AUGACAGACGUCAACGACGAGGGCAAGCAAAAGUCGACGCAUCCAAAGGCCCAAAGCUCAGCUCCAUCAUCAUGGUGGUCGUUGCCUCCCGCAAUUCGACGCGUCUUUGCUCGGUUCCCUCUUGUAACGAUUUCUGCGAAUGCCCUUCCCCAGCGAGCUCCGCGGCAUCGCACUGAGAACGUCCUCUACAUCUUCCAGUCGGACGACCCCAGGCUCCGAGAUGCUCCGUCCUUCAAUCCGUCUUGUCUGAAAUGGCAAGCCUACCUCAAGUUUCACGGCAUUCCGUUUCGUACUCGCCCAUCGAACAACCAUGCCUCCCCUACCGGAGCACUUCCAUUCCUUCUUCCAGCUCCGAAAGAUCUCUCUCGACCGUCAUCUCCAAUUCCUGCAAAUCGAUUAACAAGAUGGGUGGUAUCGCAAGGGGGAAAAGAAGAGACCUUCCAUAUGCGACAAGAAGCAUAUAUUGCCUUGAUAGACCACAACAUCCGCAGUGCCUGGCUGUACUACCUGUACCUCGAGGAAGCCAACUUCAGCGCCGUUGCAUGGCCAUUAUAUGUGGCCUCCGCGUCGUCGUCCUACCCCGUCCGACUCAGUUUAGCCAAGCAACUUCAAUCAGCGGCAAGGGAAGAGCUGCUCAAGACAAAUGCCACCAUUGACCCGCAUGACCUCUAUGCUCAAGCUGAACAAGCCUUUCAAGCUCUAUCCACACUCCUUGCGGACAAUCAAUUCUUCUUUGGCCAGACCACGCCUGGCUUAUUCGAUGCCAGUUUGCUUGCCUACACCCAAAUUAUUCUUGACGAUAGCCUCGAGUUUCGCAAACCAAAGUUGAAGCUGGCUUUGCAACCUUAUGACAACUUAAUACGACACAGAGAUCGACUGAUUCGUGGCUUCUUCAGUGGCUGA